AUGAAAAAAAGAAGAGAAUAUUUAACUAUAUCUAACAGAAUAAUGAAUGUUACAAAUGUAAAAAGAAGGAAGAAAUUAAAAACUUUUCAUUCUAUUCUUUUGUUAAUAUUAUCAUUUUUUUUAUCUUUUGGUAAGGGAAUGGAUUACUACAAAAGAUUGGGAGUGAAAAGAAAUGCAACAAAAGAAGAUAUUUCAAAAGCUUACCGACAGUUAGCCAAAGAAUAUCACCCAGAUGUAGCUCCAGAUAAAGAAAAAGACUUUAUUGAAAUUGCUAAUGCAUAUGAAACAUUAUCUGACCCGGAAAAAAGAAAAUUAUAUGAUAUGUACGGUAAAGAUUAUGCACAAACAGCACAAUCUCAAGGUAGAGAGCAUUCUCAUGGUUUUCAGUUUGAUGAAGAUGUUGUGAAUGAAAUUUUUAGGCAGUUUGCUGGAGGUAGGGGAGGUGGUGGCGGUCGCGCUGGCAAUUUUCAUUUUAAGUUUACUUCUGGAGGAUCAAAUUAUAGUAACUUUCAAGAAUAUGAGGAUAUAUAUAAAAACGAAGUAUUAAAAAUAAAUUCAAGAAAUUUUGAAUCAGUUCUUAACGAUAUAACAUUUUCGUUAGUUAUUAAUUUUUAUUCUCCUUCAUGUUCUCACUGCAUAUCUUUUAAAAAAAAAUAUUUAAAAUUAUCUAAAAAUUUUGAUGGUUUUGUCACCUUUGCUGUUGUAAAUUGUCAAGAAGAACAAGGUUUAUGCAGAAAAUAUCAUGUUAAAUCUUUACCUCAUCUUAUAUUAAUGAAAUCAAAUAAAACUUAUGAAACUUUUCAUGGUAGUAGAACAGAUGAAAGCAUCACAUCAUUCAUAAAUAAUAAUAUACCUUAUUCAUAUAUAGAAAUUUCCAACAAAAAAAAACUAGAUAAUUUUCUUACACAAAAUGUUGAUAAACCAAAAGUUAUAUUUUUUGUAUCUCAUACUAAUAAUGUUGCAAUGCUAAAAGCAUUAUCAAAAGAAUUUGAAAAAAGAGUUAAUAUGGCCGUUAUAUACAAUACUAAUUAUAAAAUUAUGAAACUUUUUAAAAAAAAUAUUAUAACGCCUGCUCUUCUAGUUGUUGAAGAUAUAGAUAACUUAUCAGGAGAUUUGACGCAAUUAAAAAAUUUUAAUUUUAACAUUUUAUCAUUAAAAUUAAGCCACAUCGUUGCUCAAAAUAGACUACAGAAUAAUUUAUAUGGACAUGUUACAAGUUAUCAAGAAUUAACAAAAAAAAAAUAUGAAGCAGGACAAUGUCGUGAAAAAGAUUCCCAAAUAUGCUUUUUAGUAUUAAAACUUUUAAAAAAAAAUUAUAAAAAAUUCGAUGAUGAUAUAAAAAAAGUAGCAAGUAAAUUUUCCAGUGAUCCCUUAAAAAUUUUAUAUAUAAAUGUUUAUGAUAAUCCAUAUAUAUUAGAAUCAUUUGGAUUGCAAAAUAAAUGCACAUAUUCCAAUUGCUUAAUUCUAGUAGCAUUUAGACCUAAAAGACAAAAAUUUCGCAUCUAUGAUGGAGAAGUAGAUGCUAAUAAUGUUCAUAAUUUUGUUGAAAAUGUUGUAAGUGGGGGAAUAUCUAUUAAUCAAAAUUUAAUAAAAAGUUUGAAAUUUAUAAACAAUGCAAAUUAUGAGGAUGAAUUAUAG